AAACAAAACAAACUACAUUUGUAAAUGCUGUUGUGUGAUAUUUAAAAUUCAAUACCAUACCUAUUAUGACAGAGUAACUAUAUAAUUUAGGAUAGUAAAAUUCUGCUUCCUGAUACAAAAUGUGUUCAAAACUUACUGGAUAUGAUUUUUGGAAUGACGUCCUAAAAAGUCCUCGUUUUGUUGCUGCUCCGAUGGUGGACAUGAGUGAAUUAUCUUUUCGAAUGGUUUGCCGCAACUACAAUGCACAACUUUGUUAUUCUCCAAUGUUGCACAGCCAGCAAUAUCUUCAAGACUCGCUAUAUCGCCAAGAUAAUUUUUCAACUUGUGCAGAUGAUCGGCCUCUCAUAGUUCAGUUGUGUGCCAAUGACCCUGAAAGUUUUGUCAAUGCUGGUUUAAUGCUUUCAUCCCAGUGUGAUGGAAUUGAUUUAAACUUGGGCUGUCCUCAAGCAAUAGCCAAAAAAGGAUUAUAUGGAGCUUUCCUUCAAGACAAUUGGGACUUAGUACAUUCAAUAGUCAGGAAGGCAGCUGCAGAUCUUCCUGUCCCUGUGACUUGCAAAAUGAGAAUACUCCCUGGGGCUUUCAAAAACUCUGUUUAUUUUGCAAAAAUGUUGGAGAAUGCCGGCUGCUCUGUAUUAGCAGUUCAUGGAAGAACACGAGAACAAAAAGGUCAUGCUACUGGUCUUGCUUCCUGGGACGCUGUUAAGGAAAUAAAAGAACAAGUCAAAAUUCCAGUUAUUUCCAACGGAAAUAUAUUAUCCUUUAGUGACAUUGAAAAUUGUUUGAAAUAUACUGGAGCCGAUGCUGUCAUGUCGGCAGAGGCUCUUCUUCAUAACCCUGCUUUGUUUUCUGGACAAAACCCUCCAGUUUGGGAAAUUAUAGAGGAAUAUUUACAAAAUGCUGAAAAAUAUAACACACCUAUCAGACACAUCAGAUGCCAUCUAUUUAGGAUUCUUUAUUUGUGUAUUCAUCAAGAUGAUAAACUGCAGAAAGUGUUAGCAGAAGGAUCAACAUUAUCUGACUUUUAUUCUGUCUGUGAUAUCUUGAAACAUUUUCCACAGAAGCAUAUGGAGUCUUCCAUUGAUAAUACCAAGAGUACCGAACAUUUAACCAAUCACCAUUCUCCCAAUUCAGAAAACAAUGGUAAUAAAAUGCUGGUCUCUGAAAGUGUAUUAUAUGUAAAAAAAGAGAUGGAUUGCAAUGAAAAUUACAGUAUUCAGUGUUUGUUUGAAAAUUCUGCUUUGAGCGACACUGAAAAUGACAACCAUAGACUGCUUGAAAAUACAGUAGGAAUGGAAACAAGCUGUCAGAACCCUGCACCUGUGUCACAUUCCAUGCCUAUAUGGUUAUGCCAUUCAAGACCACGUAUAUUGGAUAAUGGGACAACAAAAGGCUGUUACAGCAAAUACUUUAAUAAUUCCUCAACAAAAGAGGGUGUUGAAAUUUCAGAUUUAGGCUUAUCUAAAAAGAAAUUUAGAAAAGCCUUAUAUCAUGAGAAAGUUAUUGCUGCCAAGAAAAAGAAAAGAAAGGCUCAAAAACUCAGGAGAAAACAAAGAAUAGCUGAAGAAAAGUCAACUAAAAAUGAAGAUGUUGAUUAUAACUCAGAAAAAGUUAAAAUGACAAAGAAACAGUGUAAAUUGCUAAUAAAGGAAAGAUUAUUGAAAGCUCAAGGUUCUGCGCCAAGAGUUUGCAUUAAUCUAGAUUUUGCAUCUGAAAUGGAAACAAAAGACCUCGGCCGUCUGUCAUCUCAGCUGCGCAGAUUGUAUGGAUCCAACAGACAGAGUGAUUCACCUCUCCAUUUAUUUUUCUGCGCUUUAAAUCCAUUAGAUGAACUGUACAAAAUAUGCAUUGAAAAAAAUGAUGGUUUUGCUUCCUAUGUGGUUGAAAUGACAGACAAAGCUCCAGAAGAGCUGUUUAAAGUAGAAGAUCUGGUUUACUUGUCACCAGAUUCUGAAACUGUCUUGGAGGGUUUGAACAUGGAUAAAAUCUACGUAAUUGGAGGAAUUGUCGAUGGAACUGUGAAAAAGGGUGUUAGUCUGAAUCAUGCUAAAAAUUUCAAUAUCCAGACUGCUCGUUUGCCUAUUCAUGAAUAUCUAGUGAAGUGCUCUCAAAAUCCUGGAACUACUGUCUUGACUGUCAAUCAAGUGUUUGAUGUUCUUCUGAAGUACUAUGAAACAGGAAACUGGAGUUUGGCCCUAAUGAACAAUGUCCCUCGUAGAAAAGGCUUCUGUGCUCCUGAGUUGGUUGAAGAUUUUUGCGACAAAGUGUCUUUGAUAAAGGACUCGAUUUUAGAUUCAGAAAAACUAAAAUGUGACAGCUGACAAAGGUGUAAAAAUAGUUGUUAAAUGUACAUUGAAAAGCUAUACUGUAAUA